AUGCCGCACGAUCAGAGAGAGCCGGUCCCGGUGAUCCUGGACUCCUUGAUGAACUGGAGCCUGCAACACGGAGCGAGCGUGCUCAUAGGCGCCGAUGCGAACGCGUGCCACGUUCUGUGGGGUAGCACGGUGACGAACGAGAGAGGGACAAGGUUGCUCGACUUCUUGAACGAGAACGGAUUGACGUGGCUGAAUCGUGGCUCCGUGCCGACGUUCAGCACCGCGUACAGGGAGGAAACGUUGGACGUGACGAUAGUCUCGCUGGGAAUCUGUUCGGCGUUCUCCGACUGGAGAGUAUUGGACGACACGUCUAUGUCGGAUCACAGGUACGUCUCGUUCGCGUUGACGGUCGGGGGCAUCCCGGCGAUGAGGAUAGUCAGCGAGAAGAGAUCGCUCAACGCGGAACGUUAUCUGGACGUUCUCCAGAAAAGGUUGGCAGAGUCUCCGAGAGAGUACGGGACUCCGGCGCAGAUCGACGCCUACGUGGAGCACGUGACGGACGCGAUAACCGAAGCGGCGAGAGAGGCGAUCACGCGCAAGGAGAAAGGGUUCAACGCGGGACUGCCCUGGUGGGGUCCCAAGUUGAAAGCUCUGAACGACAGGUGCAGAAGGUUGACUAAGAACCACGUUUGUGUUGGAAGCCACACCCACGGUGAUGGAAGUACCUAA